AUGAAUGGCAUACUUUAUGAAAGUUUUUCUAAAUCUCCAUACCGUUCUUUUAUUUCAACUGACAGUAAAUUUUUACCCUCAAGCGAGUAUAUUUCAAAGGCUUUUGGGACUCCUCUUCGGUCUUGCACCUAUAGCAAGCAGAGAAGUAUGUUUGUUCGAAAAACAGAAAGAUCUCUAACCCCUAUAGAACGAAUUAAAGAAAUUAGAACAAAAUUGGUUAAAAUUGAGAGGACCAGUUAUAAUACCCCGAAAAGAGACUUCGAUUUUCCUGAUUUGUUGAAAGAAGUGGACGGUGCUUUGGAUAUUAUUCGGUCAAAAAGCCAAGCAAAAGGAAACCUGCGAAGUAAAACGCCGCUUACACUUAGAUUUAAAAAAAAUAUUAAUUGGAUUAGGGUAAAGGGAAUAAAUUAAUUAAAAAAAUAUUUAUGUAAAAGAGUUAGGAGGCUUUAG